CCUCGAUCAUUCGUAUCCGUCCCAACUCUCCCGAUGGCAAUGCCUUCCGAUAAUGUCGGUCCACAACGUCCUCCAGAACGACGAUCAGCACCAGGACGGGAGUUGAACAUGCCGUCGUGCUUCGAGCACCGGCCACUUGAUCUUUCACAGCCAUCCAUCCGACUACUGGAUGUCCUACCGCGAGAUGGACGGAGUGAGAUCCGAUGCGCUGUCAAGCACGUUCUUCUUCCCGCUUCCUGCAAAGAACUUCGAUACACAGCCUUGUCGUAUGCUCGGGGCGACGAGAAAGAACCUCGACACGCAAUCUCCAUCAACAAUCAACCGUAUGAGGUCUUAAAAAAUCUAUAUACCUUCCUCGAUCUUCAUGGUUUAAACGGCAUCUCGAAUCUCUUCAUCGACGCGCUGUGUAUUGCGCAGAACAAUAUCGACGAGAAGAACCACCAAGUUCAGCUUAUGAAGGACAUCUUCACGAAUGCCGCAAAGGUUAUUGUUUGGCUCGGACCAUCUGCCGAUCGCAGCGAUGAGCUUUUCGACAUGAUAAGCGAACUCGGACCAUUUGAAGUCCAGGACGGCAUACGAGGUAACUACAUAUCAGGCCCGCAAUCCAAUUUUGAUGUACAGCUACGACUUGCAUGCAAGGCUGACGCCAUCGGGUCGCAAACCAGCAAGCUUUGCCUACGCAAGUAUUGGACGCGAGCCUGGAUCGUUCAGGAAAUCGUCCUGGCACGUGAGCUUGACCUCGUCUGUGGCGCAAAGUGGCUCCCUUGGAUAGCCUGGGUAUACUAUCUCAGACUGCUUCUUGGCCUCGAACGAAACAUGAAAAACGUCUGGAAAGCGCCACCUGCAUUUGAGGCGCUGACUGCGGCUCUCAAAAGCUCUGUGAUAGCUUCCUUGUGUGAACAACGGAGUUCCACGAGGCACCGAAACAAGUCAAGGCCUCUGUUAUCGCUGGUUGCUAAAUUUGCCAGAUCAGAAUGCUUACUACCACACGACAAGAUAUACGCUUUCCUCGGCUUGUCAUCGGAUGCCCAGACAGUGUCCGUGAAUUACAGCUUGACACCGGAGAACCUCUUACUCGAAAUGCUCUGCUUGAUAUCAAGGAGUGCUGUGGGGAAAUCGUCCAAAAGAAAGGUCAAUGGGAAGCCUACUGCUCAAGCUACUCGAGCCAUUUUUGUGGCUCAAGUACACCAUCUCUGUCAUAGUUUGGGCUUCCAUCCGGCGGCUCUAACACUAAUGCUUGAUUACAACAUGUCAGCAAGAGCAAAUCGUGCUCCCAGCUUCUAUCGAUCUACACAGAUUGAGGCGGAUCUUUACAAUGCAGUGGCGAAGCUUCCCGCAAAAGAGGCGAUGAUGGAAUAUCAUCUACCACAUGUCCGAAGUAUGCAACAGGCUGAUAAGACAUUGCUUUGUCUAUCACAACCGGCAUUCCAUUUACGCGAUUUCGUACUGGACAGACAGUGGCUAUCGCCAAAAUUGACCACCGCUAUGGUCUACGACAACACUUUUAUUUGCUUCUGCGUACGCUGUGAGAAGAAGGGCAUCGAUCUAGUUCGCAUGGGCAUGGCAUGGAUAUCAAGAGGUGACUGGUUUGAUAUUUUUCGGGUUGACGUGCCCUCUCCACAACCUGAAAUCAAAGGAUUCCCUGACAAUCGCGGGGGCAGGUAUGCAGAGCUAUGUUAUCUGAGGGGCAGCUACAUUGCAACGCGUAUUGGGUCAAAAAGUGCCGGUGAUGGUAAAUGGUCAUUCGAUCCUCGUGUCAAGCCGAAAUAUGUAUUGUAUCAUGAUCCGCCUCAAGGCCGUGAUGAGAAUGCGGUACUGUCAAUGCACCAGAUUUUGAACCUCAUUGCGCACGACGGUCGCUAUCAUCGCCACGGAAACACCAUUAACUCGGCCAACGACAUCGUUGGGAGGCCAGUUUUUCCCCUGAAGGAGUUGCACCGACUGUCUACUCCGGACGCACAGCAGCAGAUCAGAGCUGCAUACAGUCAAAGAACCAUCGUCGAAUGGAAGGACCCUGACAACUACCCCGACUGGACAGCUAUCGAGCCUCAGAGGACAAAAAGCCCGCUCAAAAGGUCCAUACUAUUUUGA